AUGCUGCGCAAAAUUCCCAACAGAUACUCAAUUGUUCGCCAUUAUGCCAAGGACUUGAAAUUCGGUGCUGAUGGCCGUAAGAACAUGCUUGUUGGAAUUGAUCUUUUGGCUGAUGCCGUCGCUGUUACAAUGGGACCUAAGGUAUGCCUUUGGCAAUUUUUUUUGUGUUUUAGGUUCACUAAUGAGAUGUUUUUGUGUGUGAAGUCGCUGGACUUUCUUUAUUGAGUCUUGUCGUUUCAGGGGCGGAAUGUGAUCAUUGAACAGUCAUGGGGAUCUCCCAAGAUCACCAAGGACGGAGUGACUGUUGCCAAGGCUGUUGAUCUCGGAGACAAAUACCAGAACCUCGGAGCGCGUCUCGUGCAAGAUGUGGCCUCAAAGGCCAAUGACGAAGCUGGAGAUGGAACCACUUGUGCCACCGUUCUUGCUCGCGCUAUUGCCAAAGAAGGUUUUGAGAACAUCAGCAAGGGUGCCAACCCCGUCGAAGUCAGAAAGGGAGUCAUGAAGGCUGUUGAUACUAUUGUCGCUGACCUCAAGAAGUUGUCAAAAGAUGUUACCACCCCGGAGGAGAUCGCGCAAGUUGCAACGAUUUCGGCCAAUGGCGAUAAGAAGAUUGGAGACUUGAUCUCUGAAGCCAUGAAGAAGGUCGGAAACAAGGGUGUCAUCACCGUCAAGGAUGGAAAGACCCUUUAUGACGAGCUCGAAGUUAUUGAGGGAUUGAGCUUCGAUCGAGGAUUCAUCUCUCCUUACUUCAUCAACUCUUCGAAGGGCGCCAAAGUCGAGUUCGAAAAAGCUUUGCUUUUGUUCAGCGAGAAGAAGAUCUCAAAUGUUCAGGUAUGUAUUGCAUUCAAGGGUCAAUGUUGAUAACGUUUUAGGACAUUGUUCCCGCUCUGGAAUUGGCCAACAAAUACCGCCGUCCGCUGGUUAUCGUCGCCGAAGACGUCGAUGGAGAAGCGCUUACCACCUUGGUCCUCAACAGAUUGAAGGUUGGCCUCCAAGUUGCUGCCGUCAAAGCCCCAGGAUUUGGUGACAAUCGCAAGAACACCCUGAAGGAUAUGGCCAUCGCUACUGGCGGAGUUGUUUUCAACGAGGAAGCGAGUCUCACCAAGAUUGAAGACAUUACCAUCGAUGACUUUGGAGAAGCCGGCGAAGUCACCAUCACCAAGGACGACACAUUGAUCUUGAAAGGAAAUGGGCGAACGGAAGAAGUCGAGAAAAGGGUGGCCCAAAUCCAAGAGGAGAUCGAGAGCUCGACUUCGGAUUAUGAGAAGGAGAAGCUGAACGAGAGAUUGGCCAAACUAUCCCGAGGCGUCGCUUUGUUGAAGGUUGGAGGAUCAUCUGAGGUCGAGGUCAACGAGAAGAAGGACCGAGUAACUGACGCUUUGUGUGCCACUCGCGCAGCUGUUGAGGAGGGUAUUGUUCCAGGUGGUGGUGUCGCCCUUCUGAGAUCAUUGAAGAGUUUGGACUCUCUUCAAGGAGAUAACGAUGACCAGAAGGCCGGUAAGGAAUGAUUUUCACAUGUGUUUUUGUUAUCUUUGUCGUUUCGUCAAGAAAUUUUUUUAGGUAUCAAAAUCGUGCAGAAGGCCGUCCGCCAACCCAUCUCUACCAUUGUUCAGAACGCUGGUCUCGAAGCCGCCACAAUUGUCGCUAAAGUGCUUGAGAACUCGGACGUCAACUUCGGAUACGAUGCGUUGAACGACAAGUUUGUGAACAUGGUCGAAGCUGGUAUCAUCGAUCCCACCAAAGUGGUCAGAACUGCUCUCCAAGAUGCUGCUGGAGUAGCUUCGCUUUUGGCCACCACUGAGUGCGUCGUUACAGAGAUCCCCAAGCCAGAGCCGGCUGCUGCUGCAGGAGCCGGAGGAAUGGGCGGCAUGGGUGGAAUGGGAGGAAUGGGCUUCUAA